AUGGCCGAUCCAUACAACCCUUAUAGCUCAUUCCAAACGCCGACUCCGGGCGGGGUAGGAUACUAUCCCCCGGACAAUCAGCCUCAGUAUCCUCAAUAUGACCAGCAGCAGCCGUAUGGAAAUGCAGAACCAUACAGAAAUCCAGAGCAAUACCAUAACCCCGGACUAGAUCCCUACCAGCCCGCUCCGGACCCGAACCAAGUAUAUGCUCCACAGUCGAGUCCAUACCAUCUCGCACCGGAGCCCUAUGCAUCUGCUCCGGAAAGAGCCUAUACCCCGACAGGGCAGCCCGAUUACCAGGGACAGGUGACGCCAACUGGAUACGAGCAUGUGCAGACCAAAGUGCCUGAGAAUGCAGGAUACUACAAUGACCAUCCAGCCGAUCAGUCAUGCCACACACCCUCAGCAAGCACUGGACCCCCCGACGUGUACGCGCCAGAGUCAGAAGAUACAAAACACGGAACAGGCGAACAACGCUCCGACACUGAUACUGAAGCUGACCAGGGUUUGGAUCGGGGACUCGGAGGCUCGCUUGCCGGCGGCGUGGCGGGGUAUUAUCUCGGCCAUAAGAAAGAACACGGCUUGCUGGGUGCGAUUGGAGGUGCUCUUCUAGGAAAUUUCUUGGAGGAUCAGUUGAAGGAUCGCAAGAAGGAUGAUGAUGAGCGCGAACAUGAACAGCGCCAUAGUGAUCAUCCCCGUCGCCGUCGCCGCCGUCGCCGCCACCAUCACCACCGGAGUCAUUCGAGACAUAGUGACCACAGUGGGGACUCUCACGGCUCCUCUCACGGCUCCUCUCAUCAUAGCAGCCAUUCAAGAUACAGUGGUCACAGCGGACCCUCUUAUUCUUCUCACCAUAGCAGCCACUCGAGGCACCGUGACAACGAAUACUGA